AUGGAGGCCUUGCUAGAGGCUGCGGCGGCAGGGGAUGAAGCGAAAGUUGACGCCAUGCUCGGGUCCUCGGCCGACCCCAACUGGACAGACGAAAGCGGAUGGUCGCCAUUGAUCAUGGCCGCCAAGGCAAAUCCUAACUAUCCAAGCUUCCACAAUAGAACAGCUCUGAUGGGAGCAUGCAUGAAUGGCUACGAAGACGUUGUGAAGACACUUCUAGAAAGCCAGGCAGAUCCAUCGAUCAGGAACGAUGAGAAUGAGAAUGCUUUGGACUUGGCCAAGAAGAAGUCUUUCAAUAAGAUAUCCAACCUGAUCUCAAUAGCGCUCGAAAUGGACAACGUACGCAAUCGGCGUUGGCGGGAGGAAUCAAGCUUUCUAUGUCACGACGAGUCAAUUAGAAGUGAGAUAAACCUAGAGGUUGGAGGGAAAACUCUCCUGGACUUCGCUUUCGAGACUGGAAACUCUGAACUGGUAGCGAUCUUGAUUGGGUUCAACGCCACACGGGGCAACCUCAAAGAUCAGUGGAGCCCGCAAGACUCACUCAUGGAAGAAGGAAAGCAAGAGAUUCCAGAGAAGGUUUCAGAGUCGCUACGUAUUCUUGUCAUCGGAGGAACUCAAUUCAUGGGUCGCCAGACAGUGGAGGAACUGGUAGCGGCCGGUCAUGAGGGACUGGGAAACGCCCCAACUCAUUACAUCCUCAUCUCGACCGACUCUGUUUACAUGGCGUGUCUACGAACAUCGCAGUCCGAGGAAGGAGGAGUCAAGGAGGAAUCUGCACAAAGACCUCCUAGUGAAGAGCACAAGGAGGAGCUUCGACUCAGAUCUCCCUAUCAGUACGAAUACGGCAGCAGGAAACUAGAGUGCGAGGAAAGCUUAAAAGUGCUCCAUGACAAGAUGGUUUACUCGCAUGAUGUUGUCUCUGCAAUCAUCAAGACAAUCGAGGCGGGACCUAGAGUUUAUGGACUUUCUCUCAACAUCGCCGGGCGAGAGCAGCCAACAAUGAAAGAGUUUAUCGAAAUGAUAGCAGAGGCUUGCGGUGGAGAUGAACUUUCCUUCGACGAAAACAAGCGCUCUUUCUUUCCUUCAGUGGAUUUCGGGCCUGUAGCCUCGUCCAAAGCUCAAGAAAUUUUGGCCUGGCAACCAACAGAAAUCAAGGAUUGGAUUCGAAGGACGACAGCAUGGAACGAUGUGCCGGCGAAUGCUGCAUACACUAUGGCCUUUGUGCGCGCCAACUCAUACCUUGCAUGA